AUUGUCACGAAGUCGUGCCCAGCCGUGGUGUGGGCCAGAGCCUCCGUCUUCUAACAUGUUACCGACAACAAACACAUCUGGCCACAAAAUGAUUGUAAUUUUAUUAUAUUUUUUACAUUUUAUUUGAUAGUAGAUACCUAUAAAUAUCGCUCAAAUCUAUAAAUUAGGUUCACUGAUUACAUCACAAACGAAGAUGGCGCCUUCGAGAGUGUCUCGAUCAGAGAUCCAAAAACUGCGCACGAAACAGACUUCAUUCCAGCUAGAAUUUCCAGAACUGUUCAAAAGUGACAGCAGCAUCUACCCCAGCUACAGUAGAUUGAGAAUCCCUUACCGAGUGAUAUGCCGCAUGCGGAAGGAUGCCUACGCUACCGUCCAGGCGCGGCGGAUGCAGGCCGAGAUAGACGAACUGGCCCUGAGGCACAACCGGGCAUGGGAUGGCGUGCGUAUAGACCGAAUCUUUAGCUGGGGGUUCAGACCUGGGGGCCUGCCCGCCGUACCCAAGGUGCCCGACCCUCUCACCUCCAAGGAGCGCCAGAGGCUCUACAGAAUACUCUACUCGUAGUACAAUACAACAAGCAAUAUCAUGUGACCUGACCUGAGUACACUCAACUGUUAAUAAAGUACACUGUUCAAACCA